AUGGCUGGAAUGGAGGAAAUUGAAAUCCAUAGCAAAUCAUACCUUGUCCGAUGGGUUAAUGUGGGUGUGGAUCAUACUAUUUCAUGGAGCAUCCAGCCCCAUAAGAAGUCCCUGAAUUUCGGACUAUUCAAGCAUCCUGGCACUGCGGGAACAUUAACCGCGACUUCUGCCUCUAUCCAUUCUACCAAUGAUAUUGGUGACGUAAAGGAUAAUGGAAAAUUGGGCAAUGCGUCGUCAUCGCUUGUUACGGAGAAGCUGAAAGGUAUCGGCUUAAAGCCAGUUCGGUGGGUUGGAAAAUGUGAAGCAGAUAAAAUAUCACAGGGAACCUAUGAUGUUGGAACUGGCGAAGGUGGAAAUUAUGCCUUGGUAUUUGAUAAUACGUUUUCAAAGCAAAUAUCGAAAACUGCGACCUUUGUACUAUUAACAUAUCCGACUUAUUGCCCGCCGCGAUCCGGUCAUCAGGUUCACCACUCGCAAGCUGUUGCCACCUCGGUUGCUGGGAACAGUACCAUGUCCCGGCCGAGUCCGAUUAAUAGCGCCGAUUCUACGGAGUCAAUUGGGGCUUCCCACGGAUUAAAGAGCCAUACAAAAGGAGCAUCCCAGGGGUCAAGUACUGCACAUCCUCCGCCUAUGCAUACUGGUGUUCUCCAAAAGCGGCGUCGAAAAAGACAUCAAGGCUAUGCCCGCCGUUUCUUUUCUUUGGAUUUCAAUACCUCAACUCUCUCCUAUUACCACGAUCGCAAUUCUCCUGCAUUACGCGGUGCUAUCCCUCUUUCGCUUGCUGCCAUCGCAACUAAUGAAGAAACCAGAGAAAUUUCUAUAGAUUCUGGUGCUGAGAUUUGGCAUCUUCGCGCUCUCAAUGACCAGGAUUUUGAUCUUUGGAAAUGCGCGAUGGAAAAGGCAUCUAAAGCAGAGGACGAUGCAUCGCCAACGACGCCGAAAAUAAAAGUGCGAACACAUUCAAUACCAGCACGAAGGCAGAGUACUAUGGUUCAUGAUACCAGGACCUGGACGGAGGUAGAAUCUUUGGUGGAGAAAGUUGCGAUUGCUAGAGAUACAGUGAAGCAGCUUGCCAAAGACACGGAUCCGAAAUACUUACUUUAUGGCGAUCGCCGAGCAGGCCAGGCCAGCCCUCGUAAUGUGUCGCAGCAAGGGGACAUUGCAAAUGAGAUCACUGAUCGAGGUGAAAAACGGUCCUUUUGGAAGCUGAAACCCAGAAAUGAAAAUGCUCCACCAACUCCGCGAUCAAUUUCCCAAGAGUCAUCUGUAGGCAUCAAACCAACAACAGAUAUGAGCAGCGGGAAGGGUGAUGCUGUGCAUGAUAGCCUCAUGGCACUUCUUCAAGAGCUAAACUCCGUUGUUUCCGAUUUUUCGGGCCUUCUGGAAAAGAGACGGCUUCGCUCGAUAGCUCCCUCAAUUCGAACCCGCUCAAGUAUGGAAUCGAGCUUUUCUCAGGAAUUUUUUGAUGCUCACGAUGGCGCUGGCUCUCCGCUUUUAAAAAUUCAUCGGGACAGUGGAGAUGAAGCUGCGGAAAGCGAUAUCGCAGAGACUGCGGCAGGCGACGAGUCGUCACUCUCCGGCAGUGAUAUUGAAGAUGGGGAUCGUUUUCUCAAGUUUAAACACGAUAAUUCCUCCUCCUUAUUCCCGAUAAAGUCGAAAUCCUUAGCCCCCUUACCCGUGGAAAACAUUGCUCGUCGAAAGACCAUCACCGCUCCAACGGUGAUGCCGCCUAGUUUAAUUGGAUUUCUGCGCAAAAACGUCGGCAAAGAUCUAUCAACAAUUUCGAUGCCCGUUUCUGCUAAUGAGCCAAUAUCGCUCCUGCAACGCGCUGCAGAGCAAUUUGAGUAUUCAGGGCUGCUAGAUAAAGCCGCCAGCGCCACGGAUGGUUUAGAGCGGCUUAUAUAUGUGACCGCAUUCGCAAUUUCGCCAUUUUCGAAUAUGCGAGUUAGGGAGAGAAGCUUACGGAAACCGUUCAACCCAAUGUUAGGUGAAACGUAUGAAAUGAUUCGCGGUGACGCCGGCUUCCGGUUUAUUGGGGAGAAAGUCUCACAUCGGCCAGUUCAACUGGCAUACCAAGCGGAUUCCAAAGACUGGAGUUUCGCCCAGUCCCCUAAACCGACGCAAAAGUUUUGGGGGAAGUCUGCGGAGGUUAUCACUGAGGGUAAAGUGCGUUUAACAUUGCAUUCUAGUGGCGAACAUUAUAGCUGGUCCUCUGGAACUUCUUUCUUAAGGAAUAUCAUUGCCGGCGAGAAGUACGUUGAGCCUGUAGGUGAGAUGUGCAUCGUCAACGAAACUACGGGUCAAAAGACUAUUGUCACGUUCAAGGCCGGCGGUAUGUUCUCUGGUCGUAGUGAAGAGGUCAGCGUCCAAGCCCUUGACACCCAUGGCGAAGUGUUACCUCUUGGUCUACAGGGCUCCUGGGCUUCGUCCCUUCACCUUACUGAGCAUGGCCGAGAAACCAGCAAGACGAUUUGGGUUGCAGGCCCGCUUGUCGAUAAGCCGCAGAAACACUAUGGCUUUACGGUAUUUACUGCUAGCCUUAACGAGAUCACGGUAGUUGAAGACGGGAAGUUACCUCCAACGGAUAGUCGGCUGAGGCCAGAUCAGAGGGCGCUGGAGAAAGGCGAUGUUGAUGCAGCAGAGGAGCUGAAGGGAUUAUUAGAGGAAAGCCAGAGGCAUAGAAGAAAGGAGAUGGAGGUUAGAGAAGAAGCUUGGAAGCCCAAGUGGUUCAGUCGACUCGACUCUGGUGAUGGAUUCAGUUGCAGUGCCGUAGAAGAUGAGGACGAUGAUGGGCCAGUUUGGAAGCUGAAAAUUGGAAAAGAUGGGUAUUGGGAGGAGAGGGCGAAGGGGGAAUGGGCCGGAGUGGUGCCAGUGUUUAAACUAUAG